AAUUCCUCAUAAAAUGGUAUUCUCAAUCAGGCAUUUACACCAGUGAAAAAGCAAUUCAGGGCCAAUGUCAAAUAGAUGCGUUCAAUAAUUUAACUGAUUAUAUUAUAAAUGUAAUAUGUUCGAAUACAAAAGUUCUACCUGAAUUGAUAGCCUGGAAUGCUGUUGAAAAAUAUUUUGCUAACCAAAUAAGUUUCACACCGUUAUCAUAUAAUCCAAAGAAAUCAAUUCAAGUCGGUCAUUUUAAGUCGUACAUAGAGAAAAUAAAAAAAUGCGAUAAAACUGAAAAUAAUCUAGAUAAAGAAUCAAUGAAAAAGGAAUUGGCUUCUUUCACAUACGAAAACGAGUCCUACAGUACCAUUGAAAAUCAAAAGAAAAAAAACCAACCAUUUGUUUUUAAAAAGUUUUGCAAAAAUUUUGAGAAUGAUGAUAUUGGUGCCAAAAUUGUUGUAGAAAAUAAAAAAUCACUUGAUACAUUUGUUAUUCGAAACACAGUUUUGAAGUUUUCGAGCUUGAGUAAGGUAAUAUGUGCUAAAACAGAACUACGAUGCAAUCUAGAUCCAGCUUAUGUAAAAAUUGAGAAUAGUUUAUUUCACUCAGUUUCUGAAAACAUCAUGACUCAGCUUAAUAAUCUUACUAAAGCACGUGAUGCUAAAUAAUUUAAUCUAAAUUAUUAUUGAACUCAAUUAUUUGUAAUUAUUUUACGAGGAUGAAGGAAAAAAAAAUUGUAUUGUUUUGAAUUUA